AUGACACCAGAAACCACAGACCCAUUCUCCAAGCUGAUGCUGUCACUGUCGGCAUUAAAUGUUGACAAGUAUGGCGCGUUUAAAACGAUAAACACCAACUACAAAAUACUCGACAUUGGCAGGGGAAUUGACACCGACAUUCUCAUCCCCCAGACUCUUCUUUGUCAAAAGACAGGUCCAAGUUGCCCUAUAAUAGUUCGCAUCCACGGCGGAUUCCUGGUCACUGGCUCUAGCCUCUAUCCCCCAUGGUUCUCAGAUUGGAUUCUUGAAUACGCCAUUCAAAACAACGCCAUUAUAGUAUCGCCAAACUACCGCCUCCUCCCCGAAGCAAGCGGGAGUGAUAUUCUGGAAGACAUCAAUGAUGUUUGGGCGUGGCUGCGCAGUGGAGCUAUGGACCAAGCGAUCCAGAAGGCUGGUUACGACAAUAUCAAGCCAAAUAUUGACAAGACCCUUCUUGUGGGCGAAAGUGCCGGUAAGUUUGGGCUGUACUCCCGGCUCCUGCUCCCACAUCACGGCUUCCAGCUUACCAUUUGGAUGGAGUCAAAAGGCGGAUAUCUGGCUAUGCAACUCGCCCUCAGCUACCCAUCCCACAUUCGCGCCUUGAUAGGUGCAUAUCCAAUUCUCGAUCUAAAAUCGCCGUUCUACACGGAGGCAUAUGCGAAGCCGAUAAUCGGUGUCCCAAAUGUGCCUAGCGAUAUUAUCGAAACCCAUCUGGCUGCGCUCAGGGGAUCGCGUUCACCGAGUAUUGUCACGGCGGCAGAUCCACCGGAGCGACUGAGGUUGGCGUUUUCAAUAUUCCAGAACGGGCGCCUGCUCGAGUUUCUGGGGGCUGGGGAUGGGGAUGGUGAAGAUCCGCGGUUCUUCCCUUUGGAGAGGGUCGAGCGUCUUGCGGCUUUGGGACGGUUGGAUUUACCUCCACUGUUUCUUUUCCACGGGAAACAGGACUCUGCGGUUCCAGCUGAGGGCACCACGAAGUUUGCAAGUCUGCUGCAGAGGGUCGAGCAUAUAGUGUAUAUCCAAGAUGGAGACCACGGAUUCGAUUACAAUGCCACGCUGGAGACUGGUUGGUUGAAGGACGGCUUGGGCAUGAUAUCAAAGGCCUGGGUAGGUAAUGACAGCAUCUCGCACCUGUAA